AUGACCUCCAAGAACCAAUUGUUUCCAUUCCAUACGAAGAGAUUCCUCAUUUUCGGUCUUCAACAGGUAAGUUUGGUGCCUGUUGCCCCCAGCAUCUGGGGCCGAGCUCCAGACCCCGCUGCUCCUCUCGUUUCACUCGAGUCGUUACGGCGAGUCUCAUGCAAUCUGAAUACAUGGCGUUUGGGUACUGUUUAUAGACUCAAUCGUGAAGUCUCGAAAUUCUUAUCAGAUCUAACUAAUUUAGUGGCUGGUCACGCUGGAAGACUAGUAGCAGGCUUGUUGGGCCCAGAAAAGACACCUGUUAUUUGCAUGGCAGGGAGAUUGCAUACAUACGAGGGAUAUGAUAUUAAAGACACAGUAUUCCCCAUCCGAGUAUUCGUAGCUUUGAAGAUUCAAUGUUUAAUUGUUACCAAUGCCGCUGGAGGACUGAACCCUGAUUACAAGGUUGGUGACCUCAUGUUGUUAACAGAUCAUGUCAACCUCCCUGGAUUGGCUGGUCUACACCCUCUUAAGGGCCCUAAUGACGACCGAUUCGGACCACGAUUCCCAGCAUUGAGUGAUGCCUAUGACCACGAUUUGAGAGCAGCCUUUUUCAAGUCGGCAGAUAACCUUGGAAUCAAGAGGACAAUACACGAAGGUACUUAUGCGUUUGUCAGUGGUCCAACAUACGAGACGAGAGCCGAAGUCCGUUUUCUGCUAGCUGUAGGUGCUGAUGCCGUUGGUAUGAGUACAGUGCCAGAAAUAAUUGUCGCUCGUCACAGCGGAUUGCGAGUUUUAGCCCUCAGUCUGAUCACAAAUGCAGCUGUUUCCGAAAAGAUCCCUUCAGCCCGUGAACCCCUCAAUGCUUCGCUGUCCGAAGGUAAAGCCACUCACCAGGAAGUGGUCGAUGCUGGAAACGAGGCAGCCAAAGACGUGCAAGCCAUUGUUGGACGGCUUGUCUCAGCUCUAUAG